UCUUUUGUUCUGAUAUUAAAAAUGCAGAGAAUGAGAUCCGGAGAAGCACUGAAUGCCGCAGUGCGAUCCGUCAGUGUGAACAUUCCAUUAGAGAUAGCCCUGAAAAUUAUUACAUUCCUUUUGAAAGCAGUUUGUUUGAGAUACGUGGCCACAGAUGUGUUGGGAGUAGCGAAUAUUCGGCUUCUUCUUAUGCAACAAUCUAUUGUUUUCCUUUCCAGAGAGCCUUUUCGAAGAUCAUGCAUCGGAGCUGUAACAGUUUCGCUUCAGGACAUAGUUAACAUUGUCUGGUUUGUGCCGUUUGUAGGAUUUUUAUAUUGCACAAUUUUUUCCAUUAUAUGGUGCUUCGCUUUAUCGCAACCUGAUUCGGAGUUAUUCCCGAACUACAGGCAAGCUGUUCUGAUUUAUUCAUUUUCAGCAAUCCUGGAGCUUUUGGCUGAGCCGUGCUACAUAUUGUCACAAGUGAAGAGAGAAGUUACCCCGAAUGUUGUUAUAAUUGGGGUUUCGACACUGAAUAGUUGUCUGAUUACUGCAGCCCUGCUGAUCAACGGGGGUUGGAGUGGUGGUGACUCUGAUGGUGCCGAAGUGGGCAGGGGCGGGGAGGAGGGGGGUCUGUGGGCUUUGACAGUGGGCCAACUGUGUUUUUCCCUCUGCUACUGCUCACUAUUCUACCUAUACUUCGUCAUGCACUCAGCACACUUGGGUAUGACAGUGGGAGACAUUCUGCCGUCCUACACUGGCCCGCACACCCUGCACAAGGAGUUGUUCAACACCACCAGCCAGUUUCUGAGACAGAGUGUAGUGAAACAGUUGCUCACAGAGGGCGAGAAGUACACCAUGACUGUCUUCUCAACUCUAUCCUACUCCGAACAGGGAAUGUACGACGUAGUGAACAACUUGGGCUCUCUGUGUGCGAGGAUUGUGUUCAAGCCAGUUGAAGAGGGGGGCUACCUCUACUUCUCUCAGAGCAUCAGUCGCAAUCUGCCCCCCUCGGCCCAGACAGAGGGUACAGUGUCCGAGUGUCAUCGGGUGCUCACUCUUAUGCUACAUUCAGUGGCACUCAUUUCAAUAACUGUGUGUACAUUUGGAUUCUCCUACUCCCGACUAUUCUUAUCUCUGUAUGGUGGAGACACUCUGGCCAGUGAGGUGGGAGUGUGUCUUCUGAGAGUAUACUGUAUGUACUUGUUCUGUCUGGCUGUGAAUGGAACUCUGGAAUGUUUCACUGUGGCCUCUAUGAGUGACUCCAACCUGGAGAAGUACACAUUCCACAUGGUGCUCAUAAGCGUGCUGUUCCUUUUAUGUUCCUAUAUUCUAUCUCAUUACGUGGGUGCGGUUGGAUUUCUUCUGGCUAAUUGUGUGAACAUGUGCUGCAGAAUAGCUUUCUGCUCCUCUCACAUCAACACCUACUUCGCACAGGCUCAGUUAGAGAAUAAUGAAGAUCACCAACACAGAUCUUGCGGAGGUCCAACUAAUAACGAUGACAUGGGUCCAGUGAACCCUAUCUGGAAAGUGUGGAAGGCGCUGAUUCCGGUCCGACUGACAAGUAUACUGCUGCUCGUUUUUGGACUAGCUUGUGCGUUAUCCGAACAACUGCUUUGUUGUAAAACAAGUCUAAUGUUCAAUGCUAUCCACUUCGGAUUAGGAGGCGUCGGAUUUCUAUUAGUGGUGCUCUCAGUAUUCCUGUUUGAUGGAUAUUUCGACCUAAUUCUUCAAGACAGAUUUCCCAAACUGCAAAAAGUCAAACUGAAACUGACUUAAUUUUUCAAUAUAAUGUGCAUCUUAUUUAUUUUAACAAGAUGUUUGCCAAACGAUUGGGUAACUAAUUUAUGUAAAUUUGAUUUUUGUAAUAUAUCAGGUGAAAAUUAAUCUAGAUUGUUAAUUGAUAAUAAUUCUGGUUGUUGA